AUGCCGUCGUGGCGGAGGGAGUUGACUGAUGAGAGAUCGUUCGAUCCAAUUUACCGUCCGUCAAUGGCCACUUAUGACUACAGGAGUUCAGGCAAGAGACCUGUUGAACAAAAGAUACUCUCGAAGGAAAAUGAAGCCCUCUGCAUGGCGGCUCGGACUGUCGAUUCACCGUUCACAGAUGAAAUCUUGAAUGUUCUAAAUCCAAGAAAAUUCUCCAUGCCAAUUUUUACUUUGUUUGAUGGAACAAGUGAUCCGAUAGAACAUGUUUAUCAUAUUCAGGUAAAGAUGGCUCUAAAUACAGAAAAUGAUACUUUGAUGUGCAAAGUUUUCCCUACGAGCUUUACUGGACCGGCGCGUAAUUGGUUCAAGAACUUGCUAGAAGGCGAACGUCUUCAAACUUUUCUCACUAAAUUUAACCUAGAAAAGAGCAUGGUAAUUGAGUGUCAUCCAUCCACGGCGGUUCAAGCGUUCAAACUGGCCAUGAACCGAGGGACACUGUUCCAUACAAAUCUAGAGGUGAAUGCGCCGAAGACCAUGGAUGAGCUGAACCAGAGAGCUGAUAGUUUUGUGCGCUUGGAGGAAGAGGAAGCUGCUAACGCGAGGAAAACAUCAAUGGUCGUGGUGGGAGAAAAGACCAGAACAAAGAUCAGUCAAAAGCAAGUUGCACCACACUGUCCGACUCCCUGGAAAGCAGAAAAGAGGCCUAGGGAGGAAGAAUCGAUCACUCCACUCAAAUAUUUUGGACAUCUGACUAAUGAAUGCAAGAAUUUAAGAAGACAAGUGGAGAUGCUGAUAGCAAAGGAAGAAUUCGCUGGUUACAUUCAAAGGCCAGCAAUAGAGUAA